CAAUAAAUAUUCUUGUUUCAGGUAUCAGGCAGUUGGCACCUUUCAUACCACCCUUGUCUCGUGACCCUGAUAUGACCAUGGACUGGGCCUUUUGCAUCUUUUUGUACCUGUUUUGUGCAUUUCAGUCAGUGCUGAUGUUCAACAUCGACCCUGUGACCUGGAAAUUCUUCACAAGAAAUAAUGAUGUUGGGUUUGGCUACAGAGUCAUACAGAGAGACACAUCUAGUUUGCUUGUGAGUGAUCCGUUUAUCACCGACAACUUUAUAGUUGUGCAAUUUCACAGGAAACUUGCCUGCCGGUGCCAAUUAAUGGAUACACAAUCUUCCAAUUCAGUGGUUUGUGGGCCAACUAUUCCUAAGGACUGCAAAAUAAUUACUACCCUCAAUGGUAUGUGCUUUAAUAUCAGUGGAAACAAUAGUGAGUGCACCUAUACCAAGUGCUUUGGAAGCUGCCCUCUAGAAAUAGAUAUUGCUUUUCUAAUGGACGGCUCUGAAAGUGUAGAUGACCCAGAUUUCAUUAAAAUGAAAACUUUUGUUAUAACCAUAAUCCAGAGUUUUUUCCAAAUGCAAUUCUCAGUUUGCUGUUGCACAGUUCUCCACUGGUUAUGAAAUUCACUCCAACUUUGAAACAGUUAAAGACAUUCAUUCAUGGAGCACAAGAAUAGGAGAGAUAAAACAGCAAAAAGGAUGGACCUACACUGCGAAGGCUAUGAAUAAACUGAUGGAUGAGCUCUUCAUAGCUGAAGGAGGGGUGAGGCAAUCAGCUAUUAAAAUCUUAAUUGUUAUCACUGAUGGUAGAUCAAAUGAUGGACCUCAUCUCAGAGGUGCUGUUGAAAAGGCAGCGAAGAACAUCAUCCGAUUUGCUUUUGGGGUAAUAUCCAUGCAUCAAAAAAGGAUGCAAAAUCACACAAAAAGUAUAAUUAAAAUAGUCCCCCAAAGAGAGUCCAUUCAACAAAUCACUCUUUUAAGUCAUGUCUUUUCAAUAAAAUUGUUGAUCCAGUACAAAAUAUUUGUGUAUUACAAGAAGGGUCAAUUAUGGUUCAGUUAUACUUAACAUUAACGGUUCACCUUACAUUAUAACAAUGAGCAAUGAAUAUGUUACGUUAUUACACGUUAGUCCAUUAUAGCUCAGUUCCAUUAAAUAACAUUAACAGACAACCUUCAAGUUUGUAAAUGCAGUAUUAGUAAAUGUUGACCAAGAACUUAGGACACUAGAAAACAUGAACAGAACAACCAAAAAUAACUCAACGAGAAGUGACAAAGGACUGAAGAAAACACAGAGCUUAAAGGGUUAUGAAAAUUAAGUCAUUAAUUACUCACCCCCAUGCUGUUCCAACC